ACUUGUUAUCUUAUUUUGCAUUUCCUUAUCACUAACCUUCUGCCUAUUAUAUUUAUUGUUGUGGAAAUUAUCUCAGCUAACUGUGUACAAAUAUUUUAAGCGACCGGUUUGGGUACAAUUGAAUUCGUUCACCUAAGCUCACUUCACUUCUGCUUUGGCUUGGAAAUAAAGAAAACGCUUUGCACUUAUAUUUAAGCCACAUCGGUGUUUCAUUUAUAUUUAGAACUUUCUCGGCCUAAAUGUUUCGCUGGAAGGAUUAAGAAACUACUUAAUUCUCAAACAUUUGGUGACCCCGACGUGAUAUCGAAAUUUUCGCAUUUUAAUAUUUCGUGAUCGUUUGCCAAGUAGAAGUAACCUCGGUUCGCAUAUUUGUAUGUACACAGCUUUCGACAUACAUUUUCGUUGCCAUCGAGUGCAUCCAUAGGUUCAGUUAUUAGCGCGCAUAUUAUAUCGCGGAUAUUUCUCUACCGAAACCAAAAAUACUCGAUUUGUUUGCUUAAAAAUUCCAAAAAAGUCGAAAUCGGGUGACGAGAGCGUUAGUCUAGCGGGUGAUAUCGCGUUUUACAAAAAGGAAUGUAAUUCCCUUCAACGGCAGCUGGAUGCUCUCAGUACCUUUUUGACAAAUGAUCGCUUAAAAGGUUUGGAUGAAGCAGAUAUUUCGGCUCGGCUUAAGCAUGCCGAACGCAUGCAGUCAAACUUUGAGAAUGCUCGCUCAGCCCUCAAGCGACUGGACAGGAAGGAAUUCGAGUCGGAUUCGGACGAAAACUUUUUCAAGGCAUAUAUUGAGCUUGAAGCGAAACUCAAUCGUGAACUAAAAUCUAAGCAAAAGGCUUGUGGCGCGCACUCAUCGACUCUACGAGCCUUCUCCUGGGAAGAAGCUGCGGUACAGCCUUCCCAACGACGGUCCAGACUACCUGAGCUGAAAAUUCCAGUUUUUAGCGGCUCAUAUCUCGAUUGGCCAUCGUUCUUCAGUACAUUUACUUCAGCAAUAGAUAAGGACAUGGAGAUGUCCAAAUUGGAAAAAAUGCAAUAUUUGAUCACCAGCCUCGAUGGAGCAGCUUUAGAUACCAUCCGCUCACUUGAUCCCACUGAAGAAAAUUAUAGCAAAGCAUUAGAUUUACUAAAAGGACGUUUUGAUAAUAAAUUGCUUAAUUUUCAGGCUCACAUAAAGGCAAUUUUCGGGCUACAACGUGUAGAGGAGGGCAUUUCAGGCGGAUUACGAAAAUUAAGCGAUCAAGUAAACGCCCAAACGCAAACUUUGGCAACUACAGAAGAAACAUAUAAUGGCUUACUCAUUCAUCUCGUGACUAGCAAACUAGAUCUACACACGCACGAAAAUGGGAGGAGAACUUGUCUACUCAAAAAUUACCGACCUGGCUAGAGAUGUCAACGUUUUUGGAAAAAAGAUGUCGCAUGGCUGAAAAUUUGGAAAAUGCUAUGGUCAAUCAGACACCUAGCAAACAGAAGCAAAAAGGUUUCAUUUGUGCUUGAAUUGCCUUCGUAAGGGCCACACUGUCAAGCAGUGCAAAUCGGGCAGCUGCCGGCAUUGCCAAGCAAAACAUAACUCGUUGUUGCAUAUAAAUGGUGUUCAAGACAGUGGACCGACAUCAAGCUCGCCCCCAGCUGUCACAAACAGCCAAUCAUUAGCUCAACAGUCAACUUUAGUUGCCGGCGUGUGCUAUUAGCGACAGCCAUCGUUUUAGUUAAAAAUCGUGCAGGUACGCUAGUUCCAUGUCGAGCCAUUUUAGACUCCGCAUCUCAACUUAAUUUCAUUACAACUCGAUUUGCGAAUCAGCUUCAACUUCGUUCCUGUCACUCACCAGUUUCAAUAUCUGGCAUCGGAGAGGCGAGUAUCAUCGCCGAUAGGUGUGUUGACAUCUUUGCUCAAGCGCAAGAUGGCAGCUUCUCAACAUCGUUUGCAGCACUAAUCACACGAAGCAUAAUCGACUAUCAGCCGAACUUUGAUAUCAACGUUGACGGCUGGAAUAUACCCAAUAACAUUAAACUGGCUGAUCCCACAUUUUUCAAAGCAAGUCGCAUUGACCUUUUGAUUGGAGCUGAACUUUUCUAUGACCUAAUUUGCGUUGGGCAAGUUAGGAUAGCUGACCAUCUUCCUACGCUACAAAAAACUAAGUUAGGCUGGGUGGUUUCAGAAGGGGUAUCGCACUUCAAUAGUCGCUCCACAGCUCUUUCGUCCUUCAGAAAUCCAAAGCCACUAGGAGAUAGUAAUGACAUACUGGCAAGCAUUGUCACGCGCUUUUGGGAGGUCGACAAUAGAUUCGCCGCAACCCCUAACCCAACCUUGUCAGAUGAAGAUGUUUUCUGCGAGAAGCAUUUCGUACAAAAUCACGUUCGUCUGCCAUCAGGAGCGUAUUCAGUAAGGCUACCUCCUAAAUCUAAUUUCGAUAUUCUCGGUGACUCGUACGACCUUGCUUUACGGAGAUUCAAGGCUCUAGAAAGAAAGCUUCAAAGAGAUCAACCCACAAAGCGUUUAUACUCAGACUUCAUGCAGGAAUACAUGGAUCUUGGUCACAUGUCAAUGGCAUCAUUACUAGCAGGCGCUCCGGUUUACUACCUACCCCACUAUUGUGUUCGAAAACAAGAUAGUACUACUACAAAAUUGCGUGUAGUAUUCGACGGAUCUGCUAAAACCACUUCUGGGCACUCUUUAAACGAUUUGUUGCUGUCAGGACCAACUAUACAACCGAAACUUUUUAGCACAUUACUUCGUUUCAGAUUUUUCAAGGUUGCGCUUUGUGGUGAUAUAUGCAAAACGUAUCGCUGUGUUAAAAUGGCUAACCCUGAUAACCAGUUGCAAUGCAUACUUUGGCGUGAUGAUCCAUCAGAGGAAAUAAGAAUCUAUAAGCUCGACACUGUGACAUAUGGUACAAGGCCAGCUGCGUUUUUAGCCAUUCGGGCUAUGCACCAACUUACGUUUGACGAAGAAGAAGCAUUCCCCAUCGGGGCAAAAAUCAUUCGAAGCGACUUUUACGUAGACGACUUAAUUUCUGGUGGUGAUACGAUUGAAGAAGUCAUGCAAAUGAAGCAGCAGGUGAAGCAGCUACUUCGACGAGGAGAUUUUCCUAUUCGGAAAUGGUGUUCGAAUGAAGCUGUCGUUCUUAAAGAUGAAGAUGAGCAAGACUGCGAACAAUUCUUGAAGUUUCAUGAUGGUACCGAUGUUACAAAGGCGCUCGGCCUUGUGUGGGACCCCAUAUCAGACCAAUUUCUGUUUAGCUUCACGCCAAUUUCAAAUUCGGGAAAAAUCACAAAACGUUCGAUUCUCUCGGUAAUAGCGCGGUUCUAUGAUCCACUUGGGUUAAUUUCGCCUGUAAUUACAAGUUUGAAGGUAUUUAUGCAAGCCUUAUGGAAAGAAAAGUUGGAUUGGGACGAAAGUUUGCCGCAGUCCUUGCAUUGUACAUGGUUGGAUUUGUGCAGUCAACUAUCCAUCGUUAGCAGCCUUCGCUUCCCACGCUUCGUACUCGCUAUGCAGGUACGUGUACAGCUCCACGCAUUUUGUGAUGCCAGUUUAUCUGCUUACGGUGCUUGCCUUUACACCCGUAUUGAAGAUCAAGGUGUCAUAAAAACACAUCUCCUGUGUUCCAAGUCGAGAGUGACACCAUUGAAAUCACUCACCGUUCCGAAACUCGAAUUGUCAGCCGCAUUGCUGCUGGCAGAAUUGGUCUCAAACAUUUUGGAAAAUAGUCAGCUAUCUUACGAAUGUCAUUGCUGGUCGGACUCAAUGAUUGUUUUGUCAUGGCUGCGGUCUUUUCCUGGAAAUUUUAACAUAUUUGUUUCCAAUCGCGUAGCCCAGAUUCAAUCCCUCACAUCGGGCAUGACAAGGCAUCAUGUUCCUACUGAUCUAAAUCUUGCGGAUAUUCUUUCACGUGGUUGUGCUCCAAAGGAGCUUCUAAAUAACUUUCUUUGGGCAAAUGGUCCUGCAUUUCUCCGUACAGAUUCAUCGCACUGGCCAGGAAACAUGGAUUUCUUGACUGAUCUUCCAGAAAGGCGACGCCGUGUUCUGGUUACAAGUCCUCGAAUUGAUGCAACUUUUGAUUGCAAAUUUCAAAAUUCAUUUGGCAAGCUACAACGCGUAUUCGCAUACGUUUACAAAUUUUGUCAGUUAAACGCAAAACGCUCUGUACCAUCAACUGGAUCGCUUACUGUCGAUGACGUAAAAUGUGGUACAUUAUUAUUAAUCAGGCAUAUACAGCAAGUAUACUUCGCAACAGAAUACAAACUACUAAAGGAAAAUAAACAGUUACCUUCGUCUAGCAACCUGCUGUCUCUCAAUCCAUUUGUCGACGAUUUUGGUGCACUUCGCGUUGGAGGACGACUUCAUUAUUCAAAUUUGGACUUCGAGGCAAAGCAUCCGCUUUUGCUACCAAAGCAGCAUCCAGUCACCAACGCGCUCAUUGAAUUUUAUCAUCGAAAACUCCUGCAUGCAGGACCACAGAGUUUGCUAGCAUCGAUCCGACAGCAGUAUUGGCCUAUUGGUGGGCGCAAAACAGUCGCUAAAAUUGUCAAUAAAUGCAUAAAUUGCUAUCGCCUGAAGCCUCGGGUAUUACAGCAAAUUAUGUCGUUUCUGCCAAAAGAUCGCGUGCGGCCAUCCAGAACAUUCCACACCACCGGGAUUGAUUACUGUGGACCAUUUCAUUACAAACACACUGUACGCAACCGACCGCCUGUCAAAUGCUAUGUAUGCAUUUUUGUUUGCUUUGCGACGAAAGCGACUCAUCUUGAGCUUGUUCAAGAUUUAUCGACUCAAUCAUUCAUCGCAGCACUUAAGCGUUUUAUCAGCAUUAGAGGCAAACCGAGCACAAUCUGGUCUGAUAACGCAACAAAUUUCGUAGGAGCGAAGAAUGAGCUGGAGGAGCUGCGAAAAUUAUUUUUUAAUCAAAAUCACAACAACGCAAUAGCAGAAGCUUGCAUUGAAAAUCAUAUAGACUGGAAAUUCAUUCCGCCUCGGUCGCCGCACUUUGGUGGUUUAUGGGAGGCUGCGGUCAAAUCCGCAAAACUUCAUUUUUAUCGGACCGUUGGCAUUUCCAUUUUAACUUUUGAUGAGCUUCGCACUUUGGUCUGUGAAAUUUCUGCUAUUGUAAACUCACACCCCCUCUGUCCAAUUACAGAAAACCCACAUGAUCUUGACGUGCUUACGCCAGCGCAUUUCCUCAUAGGUGGACCACUCGUAGCUAUCACCGAACCAAACGUAACACAUUUAAACAUGAACUGCCUUAGCCGAUGGCAGCGAAUUUGUCAAAUGCAGCAAAUCUUCUGGCAAAAGUGGAGCACUUCGUAUUUAUCAUUGCUACAAGAGAGGUCUAAGUGGCGUACAGCUACCCCAAAUGUACAGCAAGGUGCUAUGGUGCUUCUGAAAGACGACAACUUACCCCCCUUAAAAUGGACUCUAGGUCGAAUUGAGCGCUCAUUCACUGGUGAUGAUGGAUAUGUCAGAGCAGCAAUUAUACGAACUGCAAGCGGACUUGUAAAAAGGGCCAUAACCAAGAUUGCUGUGCUUCCGAUUGAAUCAGACAUGGUUGAAAGCCUACGCCUUCCAAUGGGGGGAGUAUGUUCGCAGCAGCAAUAGAU